AUGGCUAUUGAUGCAAUAGGGAAUCACUUUACGUGGGUGCGCAGCAUCAUGGAGAUGGCGCUGCUGCGGCGCGCGGGCUGGUGCGAGUCGCAGUGUGCGCGCGCCGUGGUGGCGCGCUACGGGCUGCUGGCGGGCGGGGGCGGAGCGGCGGGGGGCGGAGGGGCAGCGGGGGGCGGGGCGGCGGCGGGGGGCGGCGAGGCCGUGCGCGCCGCGCGCCACCUGCUGCGCGCGCUGCCCAUCCCGAGCGCGGAGUUCGCGUAUGGGCGCACGCGCGUCUUCAUCCGCAGCCCGCGCACGGUGUGGGAGCUGGAGGCGCUGCGGGCCGCGCGCGUGGAGCGCCUGGUGGCGGCGGCGCAGCGCGCGUGGAGGCGCCACGCGGCCCGCACGCGCCACCGCGCGCAGCGCACCAUCGCGCGCGCCUGGCGAGUGCACCGGGCGAGACGAGCCCAGCAGAGGGCGGAGGCGCCGGCGGGGCGGCGCGCGGGCGCGGAGGCGGCGGCGGCGCGCGUGGUGUGGCAGGCGUGGUGCGCGUGGGCGCGGCGGCGCUACGUGGCGGGGCUGUGGGCGCGGCUGCCGGCGCGCCACCUGUCGCCCGUGUGCGGCGCGUGGCCGGCCUGCCCCUGGCCGCGGCUGGUGGGCCGCGCCGACGCGCUGCUGCGGCGGCUGCACCACCGCUGGCGCUGCCGCCUCUACCGCGCCGCCUUCGACCAGACGGCGCGCAACCGCAUGCGCGAGAAGGUGACCGCCAGCGUGCUGUUCAAGGAGCGCAAGCUGACGUACGCGCGCAGCGUGGCGCACCCGUUCGUGGGCGACUACGUGCGGCUGCGCGCGUCGGCCGCGUGGCGGCGCGGGCCGGGCGCGGCGCCCGCCGACCGCUACGUGGUGUUCGCCGACGUGGUGGGCAAGGUGGCGCGCUCCAGCGGCCGCGUGGCGCGCUGCCUCGCCGUCGUCUCCACGGGCGCGCUGCUGCUGCUCGAGGCGCGCUCGCUGCGCCUCAAGCGCCGCGUGCCGGCGCACCAAGUCUACCGCCUCUCGCUCUCGCCGCACGCCGACGACCUGCUCGUGGUGCACGUGCGCGCGUGCGGGGGCCUGGAGAGCUCCGCCGAGGAGCUGUCGCAGUGCUCGUCGCGGGACGCCGUCGACGCGCCCGGCUGUCUCUUCGGGGGCGAGGGCGCGUGGCGGCGGCGCGGGGACGUGGUGCUGCGCACGUGCCACGUGCUCGAGCUGGCCACCAAGCUGUUCCUGGUGGUGCAGAACGCCGUCGGGGCGCCCCCCCACGUCAACAUCGCCACCGAGUUCGAGGCGAACUUCGGGCAGCAGCUGGUGACGAUCUCGUUCCACGCGCUGGGCGGCGGCGAGGCGGCGGGCGCGCGCCUGCUGCGCCGCGGCAGCCGCAUGGACGUGCUGCUC